AUGAAGGCGGGGAGGAAGAGAGAGGCUAUUGAAGGAGUCCAUCCAUAUAUGUUCGAGCCCGAAGGGUCAAUUUCUGGUUCUAAUUCCGGCAAUGAAGACAGCGAUGUUGAAGUCGAGUUGAGAACAAUGAACGACGACUGGUGUGAAUGUGGCGGCCACUGUCAACGACAGGAUACAGAAAGAGAAUGCGUUUGCUGCAAAGAAAUCGACAAUGUUGUAAGAAAAAAUAGUUCGUCUUCUAUUAAGCGUAAUAUUUCCGUUCCUGAGUGUAUUACUCUAAAUCCAGCUUUCCUUGUUGUUUGCACCGAUUCAGACGUGUUGGAAACUGCAUGGUAUGCAUACCGACAGCAAUUUGGUGGAUAUGAUGGGCCUGAACACAAACGUUUGCGGCAUAUAGCCUACAGGCAGUUUGUCAGAUGGUGUUGGGGAUGGUUGGGACGAAAUAUCCGUGUAGUUUUGCCGGCGUGUGUUGUUUCAUGUAUUCGAGCCCACUUCCCCCCUCCAGGAUUAGAGGAAAAUUUUACAUUCGAAGGAUUUCAUUUCUCUGACGAGUAA